AAAUUGUGCUAUUAUAUUGAAUAAAUACGAUCGGAGUAUGCGAAAUGUAGAUACGAUAGAAGACAAAUAUUUUCAUUCGAUUGUCUAUCUCGAUAACUUUGUACGCCAUGCUCGAUUAGUCAAGAGCGGCUCUAAGUACGAUUACGUGUUUUCUUAUUCUUCCGAGCCACGUCAAAAGACGUCAAAUUUAAAAAAUGGUGGAUAUCGAGUCAAUGACGAGAUACGUGUCGCCGGUGAAUCCAGCUGUUUUUCCGCUGCUGGCUGUGGUAUUAUUAGGGAUUGGAAUAUUUUUCACAGCUUGGUUCUUCGUGUACGAAGUUACGAGCACUAAAUUUACACGGGAUAUAUUUAAGGAGCUGUUAAUAUCCUUGGUCGCAGCGAUAUUUUCUGGCUUUGGAGUAUUAUUUCUGUUACUCUGGGUUGGCAUUUACGUAUAACUAUAUAGCUUAAGUUAAUUGAUCGGAAAUAAUAAACUUGAUGUGAUAUUCAAGUAAGUUCAGAAGAAAAGAUUCUAUUUGUAAGAUUUUAUCAUCGCUGCAGUUAAAUAAACACAACCAUGAAUAUUUCUUGCGCAUAAGUUUAUUUGUUCUUUAUCACAAUGAAGGCAUAAAAGUUUGUAGCACAGGUACACACAGGUAAUAGUUUUUGUUGCACCUUGAGAAAAUAAAGGCUAGCGUUUGUUUUUUCGCAAACGCGAGUCGCGAGCGUGAUUAAUCUAAUGCAUUAAUAUGCAUGCAGUAAUAUACUUGUAUAGUAAUAACAUAGUCUUGUGCGAAAAGAAUUAUCAUCUAUUCCCACAUUUGAAUGUGCAAUAAUUACUGUAUUUUCAUUAAACAUAUGCUUUUUUAUUA